AUGACGACAUUAGGCGCCGUGGCCGAAUGGCGGCUCCCAUUUCUGAGAACCUCGAGAUUUGUGCUAUCUGAACGGCAGUGGUUCCCUAAGGCAGCCAUUUCUUGCUUGCCCUGGAAGGCUGCUAUGGCGUUCCCUCACUUACAACAGCCUAGUUUCCUUCUGGCUAGCCUGAAAGCUGACUCUAUAAAUAAGCCCUUUGCACAGCGUUGCCAAGAUUUGGUGAAAGUCAUUGAGGAUUUUCCAGCCAAGGAGUUACAUGCCAUCUUCCCAUGGCUGGUGGAGAGCAUCUUUGGCAGCCUGGAUGGUGUCCUUGUUGGUUGGAAUCUUCGAUGCCUACAGGGACGUGUGAACCCUGUGGAGUACAACAUAGCAAUGGAAUUUCUAGACCCAAGUGGCCCAAUGAUGAAGCUGGUUUAUAAGCUUCAAGCUGAAGACUAUAACUUUGACUUUCCUGUCUCCUGUCUUCCUGGCCCUGUGAAGGCAUCCAUUCAAGAGAAUGUCCUCCCUGACAGUCCUCUGUACCACAACAAGGUCCAGUUUCCCCCAACUGGAGGCCUUGGUUUGAACCUGGCCCUCAAUCCAUUCGAAUACUAUAUGUUCUACUUUGCUUUGAGCCUCAUCUCUCAAAAGCCAAUGCCUGUGUCCCUUCAUGUUCGUACUUCAGACUGCGCCUAUUUCAUCCUGGUGGAUAGGUACCUAUCGUGGUUCCUACCCACUGAAGGCACCGUGCCUCCACCACUCUGCUCCAGUCCAGGAGGCUCCAGCCCCUCACCAGCUCCCAGGACACCAGCCAUGCCUUUUGCCUCCUAUGGCCUCCACACUAGCCUCUUGAAGCGACACAUCUCUCAUCAGACAUCUGUGAAUGCAGACCCUGCGUCCCAUGAGAUCUGGCGGUCAGAAACUCUCCUCCAGGUUUUUGUGGAAAUGUGGCUUCAUCAUUACUCCCUGGAGAUUUACCAAAAAAUGCAGUCCCCUCAUGCCAAGUUGGAGGUUCUACACUACCGACUCAAUGUCUCCAGCGCCCUCCACAGCCCUGCCCAACCCAGCCUCCAGGCCCUCCACGCCUAUCAAGAGUCCUUCACGCCUACUGAAGAACACGUCCUGGUGGUACGCCUGCUGCUGAAGCACCUGCAUGCUUUUGCCAACAGCCUGAAGCCAGACCAGGCUUCACCAUCAGCGCACUCCCAUGCCACCAGUCCCCUGGAGGAAUUCAAACGGGCUGCAGUGCCACGGUUUGUCCAGCAGAAGCUGUAUGUCUUCCUGCAGCACUGCUUUGGCCAUUGGCCUCUGGAUGCAUCCUUCAGAGCUGUUUUGGAGAUGUGGCUGAGCUACCUGCAGCCAUGGAGGUAUGCCCUGGAGAAGCAGGCUCAGGGCAGUGAUUCCCAGCCACGGUGUGUGUCGGAGAAGUGGGCACCCUUUAUCCAGGAAAACCUGCUGAUGUAUACCAAGCUGUUUGUGAGCUUCCUGAACCGUGCCCUACGCACAGACCUUGUCAGCCCCAAGAACGCACUCAUGGUCUUCAGAGUGGCUAAGGUCUUUGCCCAGCCCAACCUGACUGAGAUGAUCCAGAAAGGUGAGCAGCUCUUCCUGGAGCCAGAGCUCAUCAUUCCCCACCGCCACCAUCGGCUCUUCACAGUGACAACCAACUUCCUGUCAUCAUGGCCCCCUGUUGUAACAGAUGCCUCAUUCAAGGUGAAGAGCCAUGUCUACAGCCUGGAGGGCCAAGAUUGCAAAUAUACCCCAAUGUUUGGUCCUGAAGUCCGAACCCUGGUGUUGCGCCUCGCUCAGCUCAUCACACAGGCCAAGCAGACGGCCAAGUCCAUCUCUGAUCAGUAUGUGGAGAGCCCAGCGGGCCGCUCCUUCCUGUCAUGGCUGGGCUUCGGCCCCACAGACACAAAUAGCUGCUACCCAGCCAAUGACCUGGAUGAAAUGGGUCAGGACAGCAUCCGCAAGACAGAUGAGUACCUAGACAAGGCCCUGGAGUACCUGCGCCAGAUAUUCCGGCUCAGCGAAGCCCAGCUGGCCCAGCUCACACUUGCCCUGGGAAGUGCUCGGGACGAGAAUGGGAAGCAGCAGCUCCCAGAUUGCAUUGUCGGGGAAGAAGGACUCAUCCUUACACCCUUGGGCCGAUACCAGAUCAUUAAUGGUCUGCGAAGAUUUGAGAUUGAGUACCAGGGGGACUUAGAACUGCAGCCCAUCCGGAGCUACGAAAUCACCAGUCUGGUCCGUGCACUCUUCCGGCUGUCCUCUGCCAUCAACCGCAGAUUUGCAGGCCAGAUGGCAGCUCUGUGCUCCCGGAAUGAUUUUCUUGGCAGCUUCUGUCGCUAUCACCUCACUGAGCCUACCUUGAGCAACAGACACCUGCUAAGUCCUGUAGGGCGGAGGCAGGUCACCAAUCCUGCACGGGGCCCCAGGCUCAGCCUCCGUUUCCUGGGCAGUUACCGGACACUGCUCCUGCUCCUGAUGGCCUUCUUUGUGGCUUCUCUGUUCUGCAUUGGGCCCCUGCCCUGCUCUUUGCUCCUGGUCCUAGGAUACAUCCUCUAUGCCAUAGCUAUGACACUACUCACUGAGCGGGGGAAACUGCACCAGUUGUGAGCUAGCCAUUAUCUCCUGAGCAGACUAUGGUAGGUCAUCUUCCGAGUUCUUGGGAGUGGUUUCCCUGCAAUGGUGAAGUUAUUCAAAAGAACACAGAGCUGGAAGCGAGAGUGAUCCAGGCAGGCCUGACAUGGAAGGGUCAGUGUCAGAAGGUUCAUGAACCAUUAUGAAAGACAGUCAGUACUGGCCAUGGGUCUUCACCGUGUCCAAGGGCCCACAAGCAGUUGAGCUAGUAUUUAAGGACCUUGUGACCAUUUCACGAUUCUGCUGUACAGAGCUCAGGAACUAGCGUGCCCACAGCAAGCCCUAGCUCUAGGCUCUGUGGGAGCUGAUCCUGUGGAGAUCUCUCUGAGCUGGGGAGAAUAGGUUGUGACAUUUUCUCUCCAGGGCAUGAAAUACCAGGGCAGCAGCUCAAUAUUCACUCCAGAGAAGCGAAGUUUUUAAGAGACUGAGCUGGGGGUGGAGCUGGGUCCUGCCAGCCUCUGUGGACACAAAACUCGGCAGCCUUGGUUUUGCCUGUAGAACUAAGGAAUUUAAGGGAACAUCAUGUUUGUAACAACACCUCUAUGAAAGAAACACCUUCACAACAUCAAAGCUAAGACACCAAGGGCUUGAAUUCACCCUGCAAGUUUGGAUGCUGGCAACACCACCAUCUCCAUGGUGUUCUUAAACCAGCCCUUUGUUUUGGGUGUGUAUAGCUGUUUUUAAACAAAACUGUUUUUCUUCAAGCUUAUCACUGGGCUUUGUAUUUCAACAUAACUUCAGAAUACAUCAUGGGACCCAUGACCAAAAGUCAAUCCAAAACACAACUGACCAAGGAUCCGAAUAAACCAUUCUUGAUUCGGAGA